AAGAACGAUUGCUCUACUUGGCGCAAAAUAAAAUGUCACAUUUGCCGCUGGAUGCACGAGCCAUUCUCCAGUAUCUAAAUGAUUUGGGCUAUAGGAACAUAUCAGCCGAGCAACUCCGUGAAUUUCUAAAAGACUUGCGCAAGCUCAUCAAGCAUGAGGAACGCCUGGCGGAGAACGCAAAGGAAAGCGAUUUCAGCGGCCUGCAUAAACGCGGCACCGUCAGCUCGCGUGCCAAACUGAGUGUGGACAAGGAUAAGGAGAAUGCGGCUCCAUCGUGUCCGUGUCCAUCUGCCAAGGAGAAGGAGUGCAAGACUGACCAGGACGAUCCUAGGGAGCGGUCCGGUGGUGGGGCCAGCUUUGCGGACUUAGCUCGCCUUUUCAAAGAAAAACUCUUGAUGGAUGCUUCCGUGCCUCCCAUGGCGGCUCAGGAUUCCGUUCUCGAUAAGUCGCAGGUGAACGGAAGGCGUCGCAGCCGCAGCAAGAUCCGCCGGGCAAAGGAACCUCCCAUGUCUAGCAGCGAAUCGGAAGCUAAUGAAGACCGUCUUAGGAUGCAACGCCGACGCCGGAGCAAGUCGCAUCCUCGUAGCGCCUCCAAUCGGAGAUCUGCUGCGGUUCGCCAACGUGGAAAAUCCAAGAACUGCGAUCCGGUGGCAUUAUUUCAUUACUACCAGAAGGAAUGGGCUCAUUUUCGAAGUCAGAUCCCCGGCGAGAAUUCCCGCACCGGAGUACGCAACAAGCCAAUGGGCCUGAAGAAGUGAAGAUCAUUUCCAAUGCGACUAUUAUUUUUAAAAUUUCAUACUUCAUUUUAUUCCGCUGAACUGCAGUGAUUACUCACACUUAUUUAUACUUGUAUUCAUUCUUAACUCAUUAUUCUUAGCACAGCUUUAAAAAAAACUGUAGAAGAAGAAUAAAAAAAUCUUGAUGUGUUUAACUAAA